AUGAUCUUUUCAAUGCUGUAUUCUUUUUCUGCAUUCAGUGCAGCUCAUAUUUACGAAAGUAUAUUAGUGUCCAAAUUUUCUACAAUCUACUAGAAGGUUAGAAAUGGCAGCAAAUCAGGACGCGGAGCGUGCGAGACUUUGGGCCAAAUUCCAAGCUUGCGACAAGGACAAAAACGGAAGCAUUACAGUUGAUGAACUGCGUGCCAGUCUCUUAAGUGGAUGCGAUUACCAACGACCAUUUAGUUACGAAGUUUGCAGAAUGAUGAUGUCAAUGUACGACAAGAACCGUAACGGGCGUCUUACGUUUGACGAAUACGUGAACUUGGACGGUUAUAUUCGAAAUUGGUAUGGUUACUUCACAAGGAACGAUGUCAACAGAGACGGGAGACUGGAACAUAGGGAUUUUCAAACUGCCAUUACCGGAUUAGGCUUUCGUCUUAAUCAAGAUUUUUUUAAUCAAAUAUGGAUGGAUCUGAUGAAAGGUGCUGGUUCGAAUGGGGUUGUAUUCGACCAGUUUAUGCACGUCUGUAUUGUCAUGCAGAUGUUGACAAACGCAUGGAAUAAAAGGGUUCCCAACAAUGUUACAACCCUCGAAAUCGAACAUGUGGAUUUCGCUUCCAUUAUCAUGGGUAUUCGCCCUAUCCGCUAAGCUCCGUGCCGAAUAAUUUUCCGAGUCCUUAUACUCGGAAGUGACAAUUUUGUGUUCUGUAUAUUUUUCCGAACUAGCACAUAUUGUACAGAUUUUACAUUCAGCAGGACUUCCUAUUUAUUUUUUGUCGCUCAUAGAAAACAGAAAUAUUUAUUCGAAAAA